CCGUCUCCAUCUCGGCUGCCCGGGACUUUUCCCCGGGCCCUGGGCGGGGUGAGAAAGGAGCCCGAGGGCGCCGGCCCGGAGGCCCCGACGGUCCCCUCGCCUCGCCUCCCGUCGCGUCGCGUCGCCGGCCGGCGCCAGGCUCCCUCCUCCCGCGCGCGAAGCGGCCGCGGCGGUUGUGGCGGCGGCGCCCGGCAUGUAUCAGAGCCCGCGGCGGCUCUGCUCCGCCCUGCUGCAGAGGGACGUCCCCGGCCUGCGCCGCCUGCCAGCUCCCGGGCCGCGCCGCCAGUCGUCCCCGCCGGCGGCCGCCGCACGGCCCGCGUCCCCCCGACUCCUGGCGGCGGCCUCGGUGGCCUCGGGCGCCGCGAGCUCGUGUCCCGAACAGGUGAGGUGCUCCAUGGGAAGCGGGACGAGCAGACUCUACAGCGCCCUCGCCAAGUCACUCAGCAGCAGCGCGGCCGCUCAGCACCCGGAGUACUUGGUGGCCCCUGACGCAGAACACCUGGAGCCCAUUGAUCCCAAAGAACUUCUCGAGGAAUGCAGAGCUGUCCUUCACACCCGGCCGCCCCGCUUCCAGAGGGACUUUGUGGAUCUGAGGACGGACUGCCCCACUCGCCACCCACCCAUUAGGGUCAUGCAGUGGAACAUCCUUGCUCAAGCUCUUGGGGAAGGCAAAGACAACUUUGUGCAGUGCCCUGUGGAGGCCCUCAAGUGGGAAGAGAGGAAGUGUCUCAUCUUAGAAGAAAUCCUGGCCUACCAGCCCGAUGUCUUGUGCCUCCAAGAGGUGGACCACUACUUUGACACCUUCCAACCACUGCUCAGUAGAUUGGGCUAUCAGGGCACGUUUUGUCCCAAGCCCUGGUCACCUUGUCUGGACGUCGAGCACAACAAUGGGCCAGAUGGCUGUGCCUUAUUUUUCCUCCAAAACCGAUUCAAGCUCAUCAACAGUGCCAGUAUCAGGCUGACAGCCAUGACACUGAAAACCAACCAGGUGGCCAUCGCACAGACCCUGGAGUGUAGUGAGUCCGGCCGGCAGUUCUGCAUCGCAGUCACCCACUUAAAAGCUCGCACUGGCUGGGAGCGGUUCCGAUCGGCUCAGGGCUGUGACCUUCUGCAGAACCUGCAGAGCAUCACGCAAGGAGCCAAGAUCCCCUUGAUCGUCUGUGGGGACUUCAACGCCGAGCCCACGGAGGAGGUCUACAAACACUUUGCUUCCUCCAGCCUCAACCUGAACAGCGCCUACAAGCUGCUGAGUGCCGAUGGGCAGUCAGAGCCGCCGUACACCACGUGGAAGAUCCGGACCUCGGGGGAGUGCAGGCACACCCUGGACUACAUCUGGUACUCCAAGCACGCACUGAGCGUCAGGUCCGCCCUGGAUUUGCUCACCGAAGAGCAGAUCGGCCCCAACCGGCUCCCAUCCUUCCAUUACCCUUCAGACCACCUGUCUCUCGUGUGCGACUUCAGCUUCAACGAGGAGCCGCAUGGACUUCUAUAAAUGCGUCUGGCCUUUCAGUCCAGAAGUCUUAACCAGGGAUGUUUGGGGAACUGAAACGGGGUAGGAAGUCGCCAGGGGACGGAUUGAUUCCCAGUCUCUGCACUUCCCGCUCAGUGUUCCGGCAGGCCCUGGAAAAGACCCGCUAGCCCACAAACCUCCUCAGUUCAAACCUGUGGCGACAAACGUGGCUGCACUCCACUUUUGACUUUGUCAUUCCCUUCCCUUGUGUUGCACCAACCCCAUGCAAGGGCAGUAAACGGGGCUUGUUCGGAAGCCUUUUCAGCGUGCAAAUGCUUGAGUCCUUCAUAAUUAACAAGAAAUACACAGGGACAAUUCUGUAGACAGCAUUUCAAGUUAUUUAUUUGUGGGUUUUUUAAAUGUCAAUGAAAUACGCAUGGCAAUAUUUAUUUUUAUAUAUUCAUGUAAAAUUAAGUAAAUUACAGCAUUAAGCACAUUUUAGAACCAUGCAGAAACACAAGAUACAAAGUAACUUAUAGUAAUUUUCUUAAAUUUUUACAAGGUUUUCAUUUGGUGGAGGAGCUAGUUAGCCUGGAGGCGUCUCUGUUGUGUUAAGUGUCAGCCUCCUGACAGGCCCUUCGUAAGUAGUCCUGGUGCCUCCGUGUUCUCCGUUGUUUCUUGAAGAGUCCAGGUAGCUUUCAGUUAUUUAAACAACACUUACUUUUCUUGAUUUAAUCACUGGGUACUGUUCCUGUUGGACUAAUGUCAGGAUGCAUUUGGUUACUCAGUGUCAUCAUUUGUACUUUUCACGGUAGGAGCUGUUACGUGAAGUGGCCAAGAAAGUCAGUGGGACUUUCCUUUUAGAGAUGGGAUUCUAAAAUAACCUGUCAUGGAUGCCAUGGGAACUUCCUGAUAGAUGAUGGGUUCAAAACAUCUGGAAGGAAGAAUGAUGUGAACAAGUUGAAAAGGUAGCCUGGAGUUCUCUUCCAUCAGAAGUAAAGGUGGGAACAAUAGUAUGUGAAGCCUCUUCCAAACAAAAUAACCUACUGGUGAUACGUAUUUUAAUGUAUGAUUGUAAAUAUUAAAGAUUAAUAAAUGGUCUUUUA